AUGCAGUUCAAGAUGGGGAGCGUCCUGCUGUCUCUUCUUUUCUGGUACAAAGCUGUGAUGGCCCUCUCCCCAGGAGAGGAUGAGAGACUGGAGCUGUGGCACAGCAAGGCUUGCAAAUGCGACUGCCAAGGAGGCCCCAACUCGGUGUGGUCCAGCGGGACUAAUGGCUUGGAGUGCAUGCCAGAGUGUCCCUACCACAAGCCCCUGGGCUUUGAGUCUGGUGCUGUCACCCCAGACCAGAUCAGCUGCUCCAACCCUGAGCAGUACACGGGCUGGUACUCCUCCUGGACAGCCAACAAGGCCCGCCUCAACGGCCAAGGCUUUGGGUGUGCGUGGCUCUCCAAGUACCAGGACACUGCACAGUGGCUGCAGAUCGACCUGAAGGAGGUGAAGGUGAUUUCGGGGAUCCUGACCCAAGGGCGCUGUGACGCUGACGAGUGGAUGACCAAGUACAGCGUGCAGUACCGCACCGACGAGAACCUCAACUGGGUCUACUACAAGGACCAGACCGGGAACAACCGGGUUUUCUAUGGCAACUCGGACCGCUCGUCCUCGGUGCAGAACCUGCUGCGGCCGCCCAUCGUGGCGCGCUACAUCCGCCUGAUCCCGCUGGGCUGGCACGUGCGCAUCGCCAUCCGCAUGGAGCUCCUCGAGUGCCUGGGCAAGUGCGGCUGA